UUGUUUUAUGGUUCAUUAAGGGUGGGAAAUAAAAAAUUUUCCCUCUAAAAAUGCACAUAAUUCAUUUAUUAAGCCGUUCGGCGUAUAUUGUUUUGAUAAUAUUAAAUUUAUCUUGUAUGAUUAAUGUGCGUACUUUUUUUGAGGCACAGUUCCAUGAGUACCGUCUUAGAGUUUUUUAACACUACGAAAGAACAACAACAAAAACCGUUCUUAUAAAUUGUAAAUUAUAAUGGUAUAAUGGUACAUAAUAAUAGUACAAAUAUACGUUUCGUUACAGCUCAUUUUUACUGAAAUUCUAGCUUUCUUUCAUGACGCUUAUAGUUAUUGUAAAUUUUUUUGUUCCCUUAAGUAUUUAAAACUCAUUAUCAGAAGGUAUAGCAUACCGAAUAAAUUUAUAAUUCAUUUAAUUAUUUUUAAAUAAAAAUAGAGGAAAUUAACAAUAAAUUUUAAAAUAAAAAUUUGUUUACAAAUUUAUUAAUUUAGAAUAAAAAUAAUAUUUAAUUGCUUUCUUCAUAGUUACCGAUUUCGUCACUUUCUCUUCAUUGCUGAGUAGACAACAUUAAAAUUGUCCUUGGAUCCAAUCAUUAAAAAUAUCAGGCCAUUGUUUGUGUAUAGCUUUUCGGCAUUUAACACAGGUUUUGAAACUUUUUUUUAAAUAUUGUAAACAUAUUUCUUAUAUGGUAAUGUAUAAAAAAAGAAGAAAGAAAAAUGAUUUGCUUUUUACAUGUAGGAUAGAUGAUUAUCUAAUGUCAGCAUGAUUAUCUAAUCUCUGAAUAUUCCCAAGAAUAAACAUUGGAAUGAUUGCUUGGAAUUCAUUAAAAUAAAAUCUCAAGAUAACGUUCUUUAUAUAUGCAACUGAUUUCAUUCCAUAGUCGAUCGUUAUUUCAAAUCAAUAAAUUAAAGGAAAUAUUUAAUUUUCUUUUAUAUAUUAGAAAUUAUCCGUAGAAAUCAUUUAUAUAUUUCAUUGAGUAAUAUCAUUUUUGUGAAAAUGCAGUUUUAGGAAGUUUUUAAGGCGAAAUGCCAGUGAAUUUAUUUGGAUUCGAACGUUUUGGAUUCAAUUGAGAAUUUUCAGAUAAUUUUUUAUAUAAUGUGAUGGAUAACAAUUAUGUGAAAAAUUCAGGCUCCCAUUUCCAUAAAUAACAACAUUUAAUGAAGUGAGUAAAUACAUUUCACGGAUAUUAAAAUGAAUGAAGGGCCUAAUUUACCCAAUGAAUCCAGCGUUGCAAAGAGCUGUAAUCAGAAGAAUACUCCGUUUCCCAAGGAUCUUAGAGAAUCAGAUGCAUCUGCAAUUACAAAAAAACAUAAAAAUAUGUGGCAAUCACUGCUUCAAUGUCGUUACAUAGUGACGCUAUUAGAAUUCUUCGUGUUCUUUGAGAUAGAUGCUUAUAGACUGGCAACGAGUAUGAGCGUUGUGGCAAUGGUGAACAAUACUGCUGCCAACUCAAGGAAAAAUUUUAAUUUGACCUUUGGAUCUUGUCCUAUAAAUGAAUCUAUUGCUGCCGAAUCUUCACUUCCAAAUAAUGACGGAGAAUUUAAUUGGGGUCCUGAAAUACAAGGUUACGUAUUAGGUGCGGGAUUCAUGGGAUACGUUAUAAGCCAGAUACCUGGAGGACUACUAGCUGAAGCCUAUGGAGCUAAGAUUACCAUUGUUGGUGGACUUUUUCUCUCGUCUAUGGCUCAUAUACUUUGUCCAUUUGCAGCUUGGCACAGCAGCUACUUAAUGAUUGCCAUGCAAUUGCUGAGAGGUGUGGGCCAGGGGCUGUUGCCACCUGCACAUUCAGUUCUUUCUGCCAACUGGUUUCCGAGUACAGAAAGGGGUUUCUUGAAUGGCUUGAUUAUGGCUGGCUCAGUUAUUGGGUCUCUAGUAAGCUGUUUUUCCUCUGGUGCAUUGUGUUCUUCGUCUGUCCUGGGAGGAUGGCCAUCUGUCUACUAUAUUUAUGGAGGAUUAGGAUUAGUUCUUUGUCUCUGUGUACAAAUUUGUUUGUUUGAGUCUCCCAGAGUACACCCGAGGAUAGGAAAGUCAGAAUUGAACUACAUUGUACAAAAUCAAGAAACGGAUUUGUCUUUGAAGCGUCCUCCAACUCCAUGGAAAAAAAUUCUGACGUCUGUUCCAGUUUAUGCGAUGACCUAUGCAGUUUUCUCACACUUCUGGGCAAUAACUCAUCAAAUUUCCGUGCAGCCAAUUUAUCUUGAAAGCGUUUUGCACUACCCAAUACAAGAGAAUGGAAUUCUAACAUCCAUUCCGUUUAUAUUUCAAGCUUUGUUCAUAUUCAUUGGUGGUUGGAUAUCAAAAUGGAUGAUUACACAGAACUACAUAGGAAUAGACAAAGCUCGAAAAUGGUGUACACUGCUAUAUGCUCUGGGAUAUUCUGGAGGUGUACUGGGGAUCUAUUUUGCUGGUUGCGACAGAAUGUGGAGUAAUAUUUUUUCGAUAAUUGCUAUGAGCUUCAUUGGACUUUCUGUUCCAGGAUGCAUGGUUGCGCCAAUUGAUAUGUCGCCAACAUUUGCUGGAAGUCUCUUCGGGUUGUCGAAUACCAUUGCAAGUUCAGCAUCAUUUUUGCUUCCCAUUAUCACUGGAUUGAUGUUAAAUGAAGAGGAAUCUCUGGAACAAUGGAAUAAAAUUUUUCUAUUAUGCAUUGCAGUCAUCAUGAGUUCUGGAAUAUUAUUUUGUGUUUUUGGAUCUGCAGAUGUACAGCCUUGGAAUUUCCCUAGCAAUGAAGACAGUGGAAAAAAUCUGCCCAAAGAUGAAGACCUAGGAAGCGGGUAUAAAACGAAUACACUAACAACAGAGAUUACUGUGCAUAUUUAA